AGUCACUUGGCAGGUCCGGCCUAGUUUCAAUCCAUAAUGGCUAGUGGUGGUGGCGUUGAAGAGUCAAAGAAGCCGAAGCUCUAUUCAUAUUGGCGGAGCUCUUGCUCUUGCCGUGUUCGUAUUGCUCUCAAUUUGAAAGGACUUGAUUACGAGUAUAAAGCUGUUAACUUGGUCAAAGGAGAGCAGUUCAGUCCUGAGUAUUUGAAGCUCAAUCCUAUUGGUUAUGUGCCGGCGCUAGUGGAUGGUGAUAUCGUAGUUGCUGACUCUUUUGCCAUCUUACUGUAUCUGGAAGAGAAGUAUCCUCAACAUCCAUUGUUGCCCCAAGAUCUUCAGAAAAGAGCAAUCAAUUACCAGGCUGCAAAUAUUGUUUCCUCAAGCAUACAGCCUCUUCAGAAUCUAGCUGUAUUGAAGUAUAUUGGGGAAAAAGUUGGUCCUGAUGAGAGGCUUCCUUGGGUUAAAUGUUGCAUUGGAAAUGGCUUUGCAGCUCUUGAAAAGCUAUUAAAAGGCUAUGCUGGAAAAUAUGCCACUGGAGAUGAGGUUUUCCUGGCUGAUUUGUUUCUGGCACCCCAGAUCCAUGCAGCAAUUAAAAGGUUCAAGCUUGACAUGACAGAGUUCCCUCUUUUAUCUAGGUUGAAUGAGGCUUAUGAAGAGCUACCCGCUUUUCAAGAUGCUAUGCCAGAAAAGCAGCCCGAUACACCAGUCGAGGAAAGGGGUUGAGAUCAGUCUUCCCACUCCUUAAUUGCAGCAUAGACAGCUUCGGGGCGUGCAUGCGUUGUGCAAGGACAGCGCCGGGCGUGUUGGAUUUUACUAUCAUGGACCUCUAUGGCCAAAUAAGAAUAAUUAUGAAAUGAAAUAAGCUGCGAUGGUUGAAUAUUUGGAACGUCUCUCCAUCUUUUUUCUGAAUUUCAAGUCGUUUUGUGUCCAGUGAAAGUUGUCUAUGUUAUUUCUGUUUAUAAAUUAUGCAACAAUCAAGAUUUCAUGGUGCUGGUCUUUAAAUGUCGUAUCAGUUGGUCAUUCUCUUAGUUUGGUCCUCUCUAAUUAAGAGAAUGGUCGGAGGAAUGAACUAUGAGUAAAUUAUACAUAUGAUUUUCAAAUUAUGAUCUUUGUGUCAGUCAAGUUGAACUCUUUUUAUGUCAAUUAAGUUCUUGAAUUGU